UGGCUUAGUGGAGGGAAGUGAAGCCCAUCCCUCUGGCGGAACCACUCACGCGAUAUCUUAACUUGGAUGAGGAUCUCGACUAACGAAUUCUUCCACCUGACAGUUGUGCUGGUGGCUGCAGCGCAAAGCUGCUCACAAGAACAGAAACCAGUUGUGCUCCUUCAGACUGCUACAGCCAAUGGUCGAGCAGUAGGUAUGCACUCAGUCGGCUCUAUGCUAAGGCCGCAUGCAGCAGCUUCGUCAGUUCUGGCCUUCGCUGAGCGACUCUUCGGUCAGGACCCCCAGCUGCUGCAGACACAGGCAGAGAGGGCGCAACUGCUGAAAUUGGACAACAUGCAGAAUGUGAAGGGUGAGGAUGCCACCUUGGCUGGGGACACCGUUUUACUGCCCGUAAUCGUGGCCACGUCAGCGCUGAUCCUGGCCUGCGGCAUUGUGGUUUGCUUGGUCACCUACCAACCAAAACCAGAAUAUUCCGCCGAAGAGCAGGAAGCUUUGAGCUCGAAUAUGCAAGCUCACAGCCAAUUCCUCCGGGAGAAGCAAGCAUGUGCAUGCUAAACCAAACCCGAAA